AUGGUCUUCGAAUGCGGACCGUAUAGUGCUUCGAUCAAUGAUUCCGUAAAUUCGACGUGCAUGCAGCAGAUAAAAACGCUACUGUUGCACGAAUUAAAAGCGUUCGUAACUAACGAAAAAGAAGUUGUUCGAAAAGAGUCAAUCAGUGAAAAUCAUCUAUGUGACCAACAGAGUCGAAAUAAUAUCAUCGAGCCUACCGUAAAUUCGGUCGCUCAACAUCCGGAAAGUACAGACCAUAUACCAGUUUUCACGAAGUUACCCGUAACCAGAUCCACUGAGGAGCCAAAUAGAUCUUUCAAUGUCUUUGAACCGCACGAGAAAUACGUCAGCAGUGCUUCCGCGGUGUUGAAAAAUGUCACGUGGGACACGUUCGAAGAAAACGCCACACGGUUUUUCGAUGUAAUAGUGCAAGCGGACCGCGCGAAUAGAUUUUAUUUGAAGAUGAUCACGGAUUGUGUUGUGUCAAAUGCGAUUGACGAGUCCGACAAAUGCACCUUAUACGCGACACUAUGUUGCACAGUGAUCGAAAAUACACGUGUGGACUCGAGGACGAUCAUACCUCAAGGGUUGUCGAUUGCGUUCAAAACCGAACUGAUAAAAUCUUGCAGGGCCGUGUUGACCGAAGCCGGCGUAUUGCUCCGGACGAGAACAGUUCGACAGCUUGAGAACCCGAGGCGAUCGGAACAGAGGUUCGACGUAAAAGCUCGUGACCGUACGCAUGGAACAUGCAGGUUUAUGGGUGAACUGUUCAUGCGGGAUCAAAUAUUCAAAACCGUAAUGAGUACCAUCGACACGUUCAUGCAGAUACACGACGCGCAUUCGUUGGAAUGUCUCUGCGUUUUACUGACCGUAAUCGCACCAAAGCUUGAAGAAGUUAUCGAUGCCCCAAGACAAGUGUACAAACAACUGAGAACCUACUCGGCCACCGGGUUCGCGGGCAACAUUCCUCUGCCUCAGCAAACCAUUCGCAUGAUAGACAUACUUCUGAACGUGCGAAAGUGUCAUUCGAAAGAUUCGAAUUCGUGGGGAGGUGAUUUCGCUGAAGGAAAGACCACGAAGGCCAGAAACGGCCAUCAUCAGGAAGUGCAGUCGGCGGAUCACCGUAGGAAUCGCAUCUCUAGCGAGAUUUCGCGAUCAAGCCAAAAUCGGCCAUCCUGUAUUACCACAGGGCCUGUAAAGCACCACGGGAAACACGUCACGUUCAACCCCGUGGUGUCUGUACUCUAUUAUUAUAAAAAUUAGUAGUAACGUAUAAACAUUCCCUCUCUUUCGGUUGCAACAUGAUUGCGCAAUUUUUCCUCUUUCGACCCAACUAAUUACACCACGAUUGUG